AUGAGUGACAUGUUGUAUGAAGCAUUUGGAAUGGCGACACAAGAAGUAGAUGCUGAGGUUGGAGAAGCUGUGGAUGCAAAGGCUAAUGUUGGUAUUCGAGGAGAUCCAAUUGAAGAAGCCAAAACAUUUUAUAAAUUAAUGGAAGACCUUGAGUUGCCGUUAUAUCCAGGCUUGCUUAGGGGGAUAACAGAUAAAAGUCUUUCUAUGAUUCUUGAUCUUUUCAAGGAAGCAUUGCCGGAGAAUAACACUUUGCCAGAAUCCUUCUACGAAGCUCAAAAGACAGUGAAGAAGUUGUCUCUUAACUCCAUCAAGAUUGAUGCUUGUCCCAAUAAUUGCAUGCUAUUUUGGAAAGAGCAUGCUAAUGCGGAUGAAUGUGUAAAUGUCAUGCAUCAAGAUGGAAAAAAAAGGAACAAGGGAAUGGAAAUCCUGCUACAAACCAAUCCCAAAAAGCUUCCAUGUCAGACAAUGAGUAUGAGAUGGCAUUCAGAUGAACGUCAGAGUGACGAUGGGGUAAUGACACAUCCAGCCGAUUCAAAAGCUUGGAAAUCAUUUGACGAUAAAUAUCCAUCUUUUGCCUCUGAAACACGAAAUGUUCGCCUUGGUUUAGCAAGUGACGGCUUCAGUCCCUUCAGGAAUGGACAUAUUCCCCAUAGCACAUGGCCAGUGGUUCUAAUACCAUAUAAUUUGCCUCCAUGGUUUCAUGAAACAACAUUCUCUAUUUUGUCCACGCUCAUUCCAGGCCCUAAGGGACCUAAGAAGAAUAUUGAUGUGUAUCUCCAACCUCUAAUUGAGGAACUUAAGUUGUUGUGGAAUGUUGGUGUGGAGACGUAUGAUGCCUCAAGAAAAGAGAAGUUUAGGUUGUUCGCUUCUUUGUUAUGGACUGUUAGUGACUAUCCUGCUUAUGGUGAUCUCUCUGGAUGGAGUACGGGAGGAGAAAAAGGUUGUCCUACUUGCAACAGUGACACAUCUUCAGAAUGGCUAAGAAAUGGGGGCAAGUACUAUUACAUGUGUCAUCGCCGAUUUCUACCCAUUGAUCAUGAAUGGAGGAAGAGAAAUCGACGCAAAGAUCAAAAGAACAAAUGCAAAGCAAUAUGGAGAAAAAAGAGCAUUUUCUAUGAGUUGCCGUAUUGGAGUAGUCUUCUAGUGCGUCAUAAUUUAGAUGUGAUGCACAUUGAGAAGAAUGUUUGUGAGACCUUACUUGCUACGUUGCUUGACAUCAAAGGGAAAAGUAAGGACAAUCUGAAUGCACGACAUGAUUUGAAGGAAAUGAAAAUUAGAAAGUCCCAGCAUGCUAAAGAACGAGACGAUGGUAGUUGGGAGAUUCCCCCGGCUCCUUACACGUUAUCCUUGGAGGAAAAAAAGAAGCUAUGUACCUUCCUGACGAGUGUCAAGUUCCCUGAUGGCUAUGCUUCAAAUAUCUCCCGAAAUUCAUUGCUGAGAGAGCGCAAAUUGGCAUGGUUUGAAAACCAUGACUUCCAUGUCAUUAUGGAGCAUCUUCUUCCUCUUGCUAUACGUGAUUGGCCGAAGUCACUGUCCACACCACUUAUUAAAUUGAGUUCAUUUUUCAAGGAAUUGUGCUCUAAGACAUUGAAGUGA